CUGUUGGACCCUGGCGUUUGAGUUUUUGUGCCUGAGAAAGCUUUCGGCCUCUGGGAGUCUGAGGCCACCAACACCCUGGAGAGACGAGAAGAGGAUAUUAUCUUGUAUGGAUUAUAUUUACCUCGCUGUCACAGUGGUUCAGCGUUCAUCUCGGAAACAUCGCUAUGAAUGCAGGGAGUUGCUUGCGUCUGCUAACCCCGUUCAUGCUAGCUGCCUUCUGUAACAAACGUCAGUGUCAUCGAUGGUUUGCAAACCCACUAAUGCUCAAUUAGUUUUGCUUGGCGUCUUGAUAUCGACCAGGACGAGCUGUUCUGAAUGGUGCUCACUGGAUUAUCCAACCAGGACCCAGACCGGCACGCCCUCAACCGGGUUCGUAUUCCUGGCCGCUGUAGCCAUCUCAGGUUUGAUUCCAAGCAACGUCGACACAUGUCCAUAUUCUUUCGUUUCUGGUGCAGCAUCCUGACAAGCCUUCAGGCUGGAUUUUCUCGUUCUGUUGCACAGGACUGCCCAUAGAAAUCUGAAGCAUCAGCGGUCCAACCGCAUGGAGAAAUUGAUUAUCAUCUCAUUCAUGAAGACAAGGGAUUGAAGAUCGGAAGAAGGGGACCCUUGUCCUGUUUUUAUAUUUGAUGAGGAAACGCUAAACUUGAGACUACCAAAAUAAAGCUUCUGUCAGGAAUCUCAAUUUUUUUUUUUUUUUUUUUUUACAGCUUCAGAAGCUUCAUUGCUUGAAGCCUAUUCAAGCUCACUGGAACAAGGACCUUAAUCAGUGACACCAGUUGUUGUACAAUGCUGCCUUAAAUGAAAUAAUAAUGAGAUAUACCCUGGUGAUUCUCUAGUUCAUCACUGAGUGUAACAGCUUAGCCACUGCACAUGCAUGGAUACUAACGGAUUGUCUGCUGGAUUUAGCCUUGAGUGUUUUGGAGAAAAAUCACUCUGUUUCCUCCUAUUUGCCUUUCAAUCACCUUGGGGAUGUAGCUGGCAGGUAAGGUGGUUUCAGUCAGCCACCACUGGGGUUUAGGGAUGCCCCGCCACAGGAAAACCAGACUCCUCCACUGGCCUGCAUACAGACUGCUCUUUCUAAUACGCAUCCUGGACUGAAGAGUGGUUUCCCCUUCAACACAAUAAAGGGGGUCAACAUAUUUUUAUUUGCUACAGUUUUGUUACAUUGUCUGACAUCUGUGUUGCAGAUGACUGCAUUUUUUUCUAAGCAUUUCAGUAUUAUAAACAAACUGGAUGCUAAUGUAUAGUGCUGCCUUUCCAUUCUGCUACAGGGAAAGAAUAACUGUGCCCCAUUGUAGCAUUCCUUUUUGGUUUUAGCCUGAUUAGAUUUUUUCCCCUAAUUUUUACCAUCCCUUUCUUAUCCUCAAUUUUCACUGGAAUAGGUCAACUUCUGCCUACAUACCUCAUACUAUUCCCAUUUAAGACCAAGCUGCAUCAGUUAAUAAUGGGGUGAUGCUCUUUUGGAUUGUUACAGCGCCAAAUAACUAGAGCCUUUGAAUGGAAGGGUCCAAAUACUUUUUAAACUACUCUACAUGACAGGCAUUUUAUUGCACUAUAGGCGUUUUUGCCAAGCCUGUGAACAGUUACUUGCAGACCAAAUCUUUUGACUUGCUUGUGCUGUUUUGGAAAACAACCUGUUAAAAGAAUAGUUUUUAAUGGGCUUGUUCUUGUCAACAAGUACAGUUUGGGCAAAUACAUAGAUUCCACUCUGUUAAUGUGGAGCAUUUUCAACUACAGUGGCUUAUGCCUUCCCAACAGUUAUUUUCAGACUACUUUGGAAACAAGGCUUCUACAGCAGGUGGACUAAUAAGCUUCUCCUUAACACCAACCUGUGACAUAAAAGAAGGAUUCACCCUGCUUUUCAUGACGGUUGCGGUGCUAGUGUCCGCUCAUCCCUUUGUCCCCGGCAUCAGAAAUUUAAUGACACAUUCCUUAACAUACUAGUUGGUGAGGAAAAGCAACAAUCAUAGCACACCGGAAGUGAUGCCAGGUAGCAGUGGUAAGAGCGGAGGGAGGGGUCCAUCCUCAUCGCCUCUCCCACAUGCUGUGGUCCCACCUAGGAGACCCCUGAGACCUUCCCGCUACGUUCCAGUUUCAGCAGCAACAUUCUUCCUUGUUGGAUCCACCACGCUUUUCUUCUGCUUCACGUGUCCGUGGCUUUCUGAGAGUUUCUCUGUUGCUGUACCCAUCUACAAUGGAGUUAUCUUCUUGUUUGUGUUGGCUAACUUCUGUAUGGCCACAUUCAUGGACCCAGGCAUCUUCCCAAGGGCGGAGGAAGACGAGGACAAAGAAGAUGAUUUUCGUGCUCCACUCUACAAGACGGUGGAAAUCAGGGGGAUCCAGGUCAGGAUGAAAUGGUGCUCAACCUGCCGUUUCUACAGACCACCACGUUGCUCUCACUGCUCAGUCUGUGACAACUGUGUGGAGGAAUUUGACCAUCAUUGUCCAUGGGUGAACAACUGCAUAGGCAGGAGAAACUACCGCUACUUCUUCCUGUUCCUGCUGUCUCUGACGGCUCACAUCAUGGCCGUGUUUGGGUUUGGCCUACUCUUUAUUUUAUACCACCGGCAGAACAUUGACCACCUGCACGCCAUUGUUACGCUGGUUGUAAUGUGUGUUGCAGGCUUAUUCUUCAUCCCUGUUGCUGGGCUCACUGGCUUCCAUGUAGUGCUUGUGGCAAGAGGAAGGACAACCAAUGAACAGGUAACAGGAAAGUUUCGAGGGGGAGUGAAUCCUUUCACUAAUGGCUGUUGGAGGAAUGUAUCUCAUAUUCUCUGCAGUUCCCAGGCACCCAGGUAUCUGGGCAGGAAGAAGUGUGUGCAGAAUGUGAAAGUGCAGCCUCCAUUUCUGCGGCUGCAGCUCACCGAGGCUCAGCUGGCAACGAAGAUUCUGGACAACGGCAUCCAGGGAGACUUGCAUAGGUCCAAGUCCAGUCUUGAGAUGAUGGAGAGUCAGUCAUGUGAUGCUGAGCCUCCUCCUCCUCCUAAGCCAGAGCUGCGCUACCCUGGACUCAGCCAACGGAACAUGGAAGAGUGCAGCCUGCUGGGCAAAGCCCCUCCCACCCCCACCAUGUACAAGUACAGACCCAGCUACAGCCCGGGAAAGAACCACACAACACUCACUCAUGCUUACGCCAACCAGUUAAGCCGAGGGGAGAGUGUUGGGAGUGCAAGGGAGUCCUCCUCCUCCAGCUCCUCCCUCCUCCAGGCCAGUCAGCAGCCUGGCUUCCGUUCGCAGCCCAGCUUGGACCGAAGGGAAACUUCUUCGGACAGAGUGGUAGGAGGACUCGGUGGGGAAAAGAGGGAUGCUGGGAGGGAGGCUGGAGGAGGGGGCAUUCCUGGCUACUCCCUUGGCGGGCGCUCCUACCCCUCCUUCUCAGACACCACUGUACUUUCAGGAGGGGCAUCCCGAUCUUCCAGCUCAACACACACCUCAGCAGGCACUGCCAAUGUCUCCGAGGCAACCACCACCUCAACCAGCUUUAAAAGCUUGGCCAAUCAGACACCCCCACCACACCACCCCUCUCGUAAUGGCAGCCUGUCCUAUGACAGUUUACUGGCAGGUGGAGAGGACUUAGACAAGGGCGGGGUGACUGGUCCAGUAGCCCCUGGGCCACCUUCUGGGAGACCCUGCACACCAGCAACACACUUCCUGUCCCAACAGAGAGAGGCUGACAUCCCCUCCCAGUCUCUCCAUCACCAUCACCGCUCCUCUCAUCACCACCACCACCCCUUCCUUCAUCGAUCUUCGUCCUCCACCUCUUCUUCCCCUCCACCUCCUCCAGAGAGAGACUGUCUGCUGGGAGAGCCCCACACCGCCCCACACCUCCCAGCUGCCAAUCAAACCUCUGCCUCUGCUUUACCUUCCUCAGCCCCCCCUCCCCCACACCACUCCCAUCAUCACCACCACCACCACUCCCAUCAUCACCAUCACCACCACUCUGCAUCGUCACGCCCCCCCCGCUUCGCUGCCCCUCAUGUGCCACCCCACCAUGCCUACCCUUAUCGCACCCGGUCCACAGACACCCCCCUGGGCUCCUCCUCCAGCAGCACGGUCCGCUCACCUCUCUCUCCGCACCCCCCGCCUCUGGGCAAGUCGCUUUCCUACUCAAGUGCCGCAGCAGCUGAAAUGCAGUACCGACUGGUCCGCAAGGCCUCGGCGUCGGCUGGAGCAAAUGCAGCGGGUGUUGGAGGAGGAGAAAGUGGAGUGAUGGGAGGAGGGGGAGCGAUACAAGCAGCAAAAGGUGAGCUGAUCAAGAUGAAACCUCGGAGUUGGACCGAUGGUGGCCAGCCCUUCUCCUGCUCCUCUGCCCCAUCCUCCCCUUCACAUCUGCUCUCUGCGCCCAGCAGACCUGGAACAGACCACAUGAGCUCGCCAAUGACACCAAGUCCAAUCCACAAGCCUCGGGGUGGUGGAGUAAAGAAAGUGACGGGUGUCGGGGGCACCACCUAUGAGAUUUCUGUAUGAUGUCCAGCUGGCUUCCUUUGUAGUCUUUGUUGGCAAGCUGGAAGAUUUUGCCUAAAGAACCUAGCUGGUUUGUCCUGCAUCUACCUGUCCUCAGUAACACUGCAGAUGAACUGACCAGAUGAUCUGUGACGUCAUGAAUCUGAUUAAAAAGAAAUCAUGUUUAUCUUAUUUCUGGGAUUUUCAUCCUCAGCCUCACUGAAGUAGGAGGCUUCUUUUUCUGGAGCUGACCACAGUGGUGCAGGAUCAUGCUGCUGGGAUUUGGAGCUGGGUCCUCUUCGGGCCUCCAGCAACCUCUAGAGGAAGUUUCAAAGUGUAGCUUUUCCUAACGUUCAGGUGAGCACUUUGGAUGGAAUGAGUUUUUUAAAAAUAUUUUAAUCAAAUGUCUGGUUACUGUAGAGGUUUUUGAUGAGUGGUGGAAAUCCUGCACAGACAGUGGAACCUCAUCAAAGAGGAAUCUGUGGUCGGUCCAUCUUAUUGGCUAAAUCUCCCUUGAUAACAGCGGCGGUGAGAACCCCGUCACAGAACAGGGGUACUUGUGUCACCACAUGUUGCCUGAUGCAUAGAUAAUGAGUCCCUAUAACCUGUGGCUCCAACCCAUAGGUCAUCACUCCUGCAAUCAAAUGGAAAAAAGUGAAAACCAACAUUGAACAAUCUACACAGAUUCCAGGGAGCUUUUCUCUCCAUGUUGCUGCACAAUGCAACAUCAUGGCGGGAGAAAGAUUUAGCAUUGGAAAAAAAAAUAACGUGCUGAUUGCCAGUCUUUUGCUGUGUUACUGAUUUACUCGAUGUGAAUUUAAUUCCAUGUCUGUACAGAAUUCAGUUUUUUUUUAUGUGGAUUUGUUUUUGUAAAACGCAGUGUUCUUAGCAGACUGAAACGUACUGUUUGCACAAGUUACCGCUGGCUCCUGCGUCAGGCCGAGGAACAUGCCAUCUAGUUGAACAAACUAAAGUGAACAUGGAAACCGUCUUGGCUCUUGAUGAUGAAGCCAAAUUUUAUAGAAAAUUCUUUCUUUGAACAAUUGCAUAUGAAAAGGAACAUUUUAAGAGUUGUUUGUUUAUUUCUUGUAUUUAAUUUGAACAUGUUUUUUAAUCGGUUUAUAUGAAAACAUAGCUGUUGAUGAUUAGUUUUUAAUAUUGAGUCUUAAAGGGGGCUUUUGCAGCUUUGGGAUAAGAAAAAGAAAGCAUGUCUUCUGAUUGGCUGAUACAUUCCAGCUUCUCUGUUCCCUCUGUCAGGAUCUGAAUCUGUUUUCCAAGAUCCAGGCUGGAGCCGCAUUUCUGAAAAGGAUCUUGCUUCCUGUGACAGGUUCAACAUGGGACUGUUUUUACACUUCCAGCCACCGCUGGGAGGCAGCCUAACCUUGCCUGCAAACUGAAUUCUCCCAGUAUUUGUGCGUUCACAAAAGACGAGAAUGGUAAUGUGUAGAAGUAAAGCGAAAGUACUACACAUUAUCAAUCUGGCUCUCCAGGUUAGAGGCAGCCGUAUUUGGUUGAAAUCUGCAUAUUUACAUGAUACGGUUCUUAGAAAAGUUGAUCGUUUUUGUGGGGGAAAUUAAAAUUUCAGAUAGAAAGUAAUGUCAGCCCGAGUCUGAAAAUAAAUGGUUAUAUGUGGACAACUUGA